AAAGAGAAAGCCUUUUGUUUAUAAAUAACCAUGUCCCCUUUCCUUCAUUUUCUCCUUUAGUAAGCUAACACGCCAUUAGAAAACACCGAUUGUUUUAUUGUUUUUAUGGGUGGGAAAAUGGAGUUAGAGCAACCCGUGGUUAUAGAAGCAAGUGAAGCAGCCACUAAAGUGAAGCCUGCAAAUGAUCAUAGCAAGAAUAUGCCGUCGUCACCAUCAGCAUCAACAUGGUCCCAUGUUUCAAGCAGAUUGUGCCAUGGCUCGGAAUCAUUCAGGAACCUAGAGAUGGGGGUACCUAAAGUUAACUCAUAUGAAAAAAAGCUGUCAUGGUUACGAUCCCAAAUCAUUGGUGGCGAUGCCGAGUUUGAAUCUCCUUUUGGAACCAGGAAACUCACUUACGCUGAUAACACUGCAUCGGGUCGUUGUCUUCACUAUAUCGAAAAUUUCAUCAUUAACAAUGUUCUUCCCUUUUACGGCAAUACCCAUACGUGUGACAGCUAUGUGGGGCAAAGGACGACUAAAAUGGUGCAUGAAGCAUCGAACUACAUUAAAAGAUGCAUGGGAGGCGGCGAAGAUGAUGCAAUCCUGUUUUGUGGAUCAGGAACUACAGCGGCCAUUAAGAAGCUACAAGAAGUUAUGGGCAUUACAGUGCCAUCAAUUAUGAGGGACAAAGUAAUAAAGUGCUUAAGCAAUGAGGAGAGAUGGGUGGUUUUCCUUGGGCCAUAUGAACACCACUCCAACUUGCUCUCAUGGCGUCAAAGCCUUGCCGAAGUUGUGGAGAUUGGUUUAAACGAGGAUGGGUUGAUCGAUAUUGAAGCUCUAAAACAACAGCUCGAGUUGUUUAAAUACAGGAAUAGGCCUUUGCUUGGUACCUUUUCAGCUUGCAGUAAUGUCACUGGGAUUCAAUCAAAUACACGAGAGAUUGCUAAACUUAUGCACCAAUAUGGAGGUUUUGUUUGCUUUGAUUUUGCCGCAAGUGGUCCAUACGUGGCAAUGGAUAUGAAGUCGGGGGAGAUUGAUGGAUAUGAUGGUAUGUUCCUAGGCCCACAUAAGUUUAUAGGUGGACCUGGAUCACCCGGCAUCCUUUUAAUGAGCAAAGCUCUGUACCAGCUGGGAAAUUCUCCUCCAUCAACCUGUGGAGGUGGAACUGUUGAAUACGUCAAUGGUUUUGAUGAAAAGGACACGUUAUAUUUAAGUGACAUAGAAGAAAGGGAAAAUGGAGGGACUCCUCAAAUAAUACAGAUGAUAAGAGCAGCCUUGGCAUUUUGGGUGAAAGAAUAUAUUGGUUAUCAAGUGAUUGCAAAGCAAGAGAAGUCAUACAUACAACAAGCUUUAAACAGGCUUCUCCCCAAUCAAAACAUUAAGGUUUUAGGGAAUACAAGCAGCCACACAAAGAGACAAGCCAUUUUGUCUUUCCUCGUUUACUCCACAACCAACUCUGCCCCCAUUAGCAACCAAGAAGAUGAGCUUUUCAUGUGGGGUGAGACUGGGAAUAAGAGGGAUAAGCCUCUCCAUGGACAAUUCGUUGCCACUCUCCUAAAUGACCUUUUUGGCAUCCAAGCCCGAGGUGGGUGUGCUUGUGCUGGACCUUACGGUCACUGCUUGCUUGGUAUCGAUCAGACUCAGUCCCUUGCCAUUAGAGAAGCUAUUAAAAAGGGCUAUGUUGGAGCAAAACCUGGGUAUACAAGAGUUGGGUUUCCUUACUACAUGUCAAAUGAGGAGUUUGAAUACAUUGUAGCUGCAUUGGAGUUUGUCGCCUUGUAUGGGCAACGAUUUCUUCCUCUUUACCAUUUUGACCUAAGAACAGGCAACUGGACGUUCAAGAACAAGGCACUCAUCAAGGACACCUAUGAUGAUGGCAUCCCUGUCCUGGAUUUGGCUACUGCUUUUCAGGCAAUAAACACGGAUCGUGAGAGCGACAAAAUCGAUGCCAGAAAAAAGGACAAUUCUUCUGUCGUUCCAAAGUAUUCAUCGUAUUUGGAAAGUGCUAAAAGAAUUGCUGCUUUACUUCCCAAGUUUCCAUCUCAACGAAGGUUUCAAGAAGACUUUGGCGUUGAACUCUAUUUCAGGGUUUAGUAUGUAAACCCUGAACCAUACUAAUUAAAGAAUUCAUUCCACUUGAUAAUCAUAUAAUAUUAUUUAAUUUUUUAUCUCACGAUGUAAUGGAAUGUUCUCACAACGCAUAUGCAGAAAAUAAAAUUAAGGGUAAACUACAAAA